UUUUAGCCUGCUGCUUCAUAGGUGCCGACGGCUGAGAACAGCUAAGGAAUGAACAAAUGUCGGAGGACCAGGAAGCACAAGAAGACGAACUGCUGGCUCUAGCGAGUAUUUAUGAUGAAGAAGAGUUUCGCAGGGCCGAAUCCGGGCAGGAGGGCGAGAUCCACAUCUGUCUCGAGCUUCCUUCGGAUUUCAAGCUGUCAGUGAAAGGGGAGAAAUGCGCCGAGUACAGUGUAAGUUUUCUACCUCCGUUGAUCUUGAGUUUUGAGCUCCCUGCGGACUACCCUUCAUCAUCCCCACCGCUCUUUACGUUAAGCUCCAAAUGGCUCUCAAGGGCUCAGUUGGCAGCCCUGUGCAAACGCCUGGAUGAAGUGUGGGAGGAGCUCAGGGGUAGUGUAGUCCUCUUCUCCUGGAUCCAGUUUCUCAAGGAGGAGACCUUGAUGUUCUUGGACAUCCAGAGCCCACUGGUGGUGGUCAACGCUGGUGACGCUCCGGCUGACAGGAAAAAGAGCGAGGCAGGCUUAAAAGCGGACCCCCCGCUGGACCCACGAGCGGUCCAGGAGAUGGAUCCCAGCUCCGACACGCUGUCUCAACUCCUGGACUUUGAUGAAACUCAGAGGCAGAAGGCUUUUGAGACUAGAGUGUUCUGCUGUGGCAUCUGCUUUGUGGAUAAGUUGGGCUCUGGUUGUUUGCUCUUUAAGGAGUGCCAACAUGUUUACUGUAAGGCCUGUUUGACGGAAUACUUCCAAAUUCAGAUACGGGACGGACAAGUCCAGUGCCUUAACUGCCCCGAGCCCAAAUGCACCUCUCUGGCCACACCGUCUCAGGUGAAGCUUUUGGUCGGAGAGGAGGAGUUUGCUCGCUACGACCGCCUCCUCUUACAGUCCAGUCUGGACCUGAUGGCCGACGUGGUUUACUGCCCCAGGAAGAUGUGCAACACGGCCGUCAUGUUGGAGCCAGACACGACGAUGGGCAUGUGCCCGUCAUGCCAGUAUGCGUUCUGCACCCUCUGUAAGCGUGGCUACCACGGCCUCUCCCACUGCACACCCACUGCAGACGAAUUGAAGGGCCUGAGGGAUGAGUACAUAGCAGCCACCCCAGAGGGAAAGAAGUUUCUGGAACAGCGUUACGGGAAGCGGGUCAUCCAGAAAGCGGUGGAGGAGUCCUUCAGCAGAGAGUGGCUCAAGGAAAACUGCAAAAACUGCCCUCGCUGCGGAACUAACAUACAAAAGGUGCACGGCUGCAAUAAGAUGACGUGUAUGUCCUGUCAGCAAUACUUCUGUUGGAUCUGUCUGGGAACUCUGACACGAGUCAACCCUUACAGUCAUUUCAACAAUCCAAACUCACCAUGUUUCAAUCAAUUGUUCCAAGGGGUGGCGUUAGAGGAGGAAAACUUCUGGAGUGAUGAGGAGGAUUAGACGAUGUUGGAGUCAAGAGCAGCUUCAUCUGAAUGCACUUUAUCUAGUGCACUUUGUCAUUACCUGUACCAAAAAUCGGUUCUAGCGCAGGAGUUCUAAUCGAUAAAUUGGCUUUUUUUUUUUGUCUCCAUAAGAUUCCAUCUUUUUGUUCUUGGUACACUCAUGUUGGGUUCAAAUCAACAGUUGUGUGAUUUGAAACAAACCCUAAGAAGAGAUUUUAGUGUACUAAACUGUAAUUACCAACAGUUUUUUUGGAGAUAAUGUUUUUUUUCCUUGUUUCAUGUUACACUGACAAAAAGAGCUCAUUUGAUUAGUGUGAAGCAGGGAAAUCUUGGACAUGGUUUCAUUCUUAAGUUGAUCAAUGUGAGGAUUGAUGGAUUAUGCAUCGUCUUUUUAUUUAAGAUGUUCUGCUUAGGGUUUCCUGUUCUUUUCUUUUCUGAAUUCACUUCUUUCCCACAAUCAUUAGCCAAGCCGUAGGUAAAUGAAAUAAGAAGCAGAAAUAUGAUUGGACUGUCUCCGGCUGGGUUCUGGAUUACUCAGCAGUGACUGGCAGUUUUCGAGGCCGUAGACUUGUAUGACGAGGUUGUAUCCUGUAAUUGGGAAGACUGGGGAUAUUUUCUCAGAAAAAAACAGUUCUGUACAGUUCUCUUGUUGUAUAAUCACUUCUUUUCUUACUUUGUUUGACAAAAAAAAAUAAGUAAAUAACAGGCUGAAGUUCUAAAGGCAGGCAGAGAGCAUAAGAAUUCAUCCCCUGUGUUGUUUUUUCGCUACAUGCUCACUGAGCAUCCUAUGGGUUGUCACCAUAUAGUUUGGACAUCUCUCAAAUUGAACAGUUACCUCAGUUGACUUUACAGAUGAGGAUUUGCAGGACGUGCACAUCAUUGCAAUAUGUUAUUGAAACUACAUUAUAAUGUAAUACAUAAAUAAACGUUCAAACAAACCGUUA